GGGACACAGAUCCCUUUAUUAUCUUUGUGCAAGGGCUGUUUGGGCUCGGGUAGCAGGCAGCGCUCGGGAACUUUUGCGUGUUCUGCAUUCUUUGCUCCAAUGUGGAGCCUUCGAAAUGGAUCUGCAGCUGUAAUCAGUGCCACUGAUGCAGCAGUCGCCAGAAGCCGAGCGAUCCUGCCACACGGAACAGCAGCAUUGGGCUCAGCUUGCUGGUGGCAGAGUUCUGCUUUCAGCUGCGCUGAUGGAGGCCUGUUUCUGCGGAAGUACCCCCAAUGCCGAGCUCUGCACUGCUCUGCCCUCCUCUGCGGUUCCCGGAACCUCCUAAGGAAGCUAGUCUUUAAACACAAGAAGAAGUUUUGGUAUGAAAGCCCUACCUUGGGUUCUCACUUGGUGUGCAAGCCAUCAAACUUGGGCAGUGCAUUAAAUCUUGCUCCACCAAAGGUGAACAAAGAAGACAGCAUCCGUAAAAGGACUCUAAAUAGCCUGUUCUUUAAAGCUGUGAGAGAUGUGCUAAGUACUUGUGAAGCUGGCCAGGAAGUUUAUGACCUCAAUGUGGAACUCUCUAAGGCAUCCCUCACCUCGGAUUUUUCAGUGUGUCGAAUAUAUUGGAAGUCUACUGUUAAUAAAGAACAAGAUUAUUAUAUUGAUAGCGUUCUACGGAAGAGAGCUCCACGUAUAAGACACAUCCUGAUUUCCAGUCAGGUCCUAAAAACUAUUCCUAUAAUAGUGUUUGUUAGAGACAAAGAAGAUGCUGCUCUAAGAGAGAUUGAGGCGUUAUUUGAAACUCUUGAUUUUGGGCCUCAAAAUGAAGAAAAUGAAUUGGUUCAAAAUCAUUUCGAUGAACCAGGAUCCACUACAGAUACCACACAUUUGGAUACUAAGGAUUCUUCCAUCUACUCUAAUAUGUUUGGGAUUGAUCAUGAAGCGUUAAAUAAGCAAAUCAUUGAAUACAAAAAAAUGAAAAAGGACAAGGAAAUAGAAGGAGUUGGGUUGUCAGAGCGGCAGCAGGAACAGCUGGCUGAGAUACGAAAGCACAAGAAAAUGAGAUGGCAGAAAACAAAGAAACCGUCUGAUGAUGACAUCACACCUCAGAAAUACUUAAUGGACAAAUACAGUGAAGAUUACUGGGACAAUACAGCUGCGUCCUCACAAGAAAAUGAAGUGGAAUUUGAAUUACAGGAAAUGGAAAAUGAACUGGAAGUAGAUGAUGGAACCACAAAACUUAAGCAAACGAAUAAGCUCAAGUAAACUGCGAUUUGGUAGAUGUGGAAUGUUCCACAGACUCAUUGGGCUUUCCCCCUCCUUCCUCAUUUUUGUGUGACAUCUGAAUCGGGUAAACUAUAAUUCUGUAUACCAAGAAAGAGAGGAGGGGACCCACACAUCAGGAGGAAGGUUGGGGGUGAGGGGACCCAUGACAUAUCCCUGAUCUUCCAGAAAGAACAUGGUUUGGGAUAUUUGGAAAUAUUAACUGAAUAGAUUUUGUAAGUUUUUAACUUACAGAAAGAAUUUUAACAUGAAGAAGAAUUAAAUGGUGCUAAACUGAAGCAUCUGUUGCUCUUACGCUAUAUUAAAACGUCUUUGUCCGUCCCCCCGAUGUUAGUAAUGCUAUAAUUGUGUUUGUUACAUAUAGCAGGGGGAAGGAUUAUUCAUUCAUUCAUUCAUUCAAUCUUUAUACCGCCCUUCCAAAAUGACUCAAUUGUUUUACAAUUAAAACAAAACCAUUAAAACCAUUUUUUUUAAAAAAUAACUAAGAUCAGCAGCAGACAACCAGAAGGCAAAUCAACACUACAGACACCAUUUUGAACUAUCUUUAAAAACUUGUUUAAAAUAAAUUUUAAAAGGCUUUUGUUUGCAACAAAACUUUGCCAAUGAAGAAGCCGAGUAAACCUCCUGUGGCAGGAGUUCCAUGUGCUGGGUGCCACCACCAAAAAAGCUCUUACCUAUGUCACUGGCAGCCUCGCUUGAUUCUGUGCCCUGGUAUAUAGGGGCAGGACAGCUUAUGGUUAUGUGGAGAGCCCCCAGUACUGGCACAACAUGAGAUUCGUAAAGCGAUCCUGUUUGUCUCUGCAGUGGGUGACUGUGUAGUGCAGUGCAGCUCAGCAGCAUCACCCAAAGAGAUUGGGGGGGAAAUGCAUUGGCGGCCAUGAGCACCGAAUGUUAAGGACUGUGGCACCCAUUAAGUGUGCUGCAGCAGUGAAAAGGACACAAAUCUGUGUUGGGAAAGGGAUUCAAAAUACCACAGAACCAAUAUAUUAAAAACGUUACAUGUCCACAGAACAAAUAGAGAGCUAGCAUAGUUGCUAGUAUGACAUAUUGCUAGUAUGUCAAAGUGGCUAAAAUGUCUUGACUUGAGGCUGGGGAGGCCUGGACUGAACUCCUUGGGAGCCAUGAAACUCCCAAGUGACUCUGGACAAGUUUUACUGUCAGCUUUUUCUAACGUACACAAUUGUUGCAAGUGGGGUAGGGGAAUGGAAUACCCUCAAACGCUUUUGUAGGAAGUGUAGGACAAGUGUUCAGUUAGCAGGGGUCCAGUUUCAAGAUAUGUCAAUAGAUGCAAUUUUCUGUCCAUACUUGGGGUGGAAUAUUGCCAGUUUCUUAUUUGUUGUACAACCUCAGUGCUCUUUGAAAAAACAACAACCAAAAACUGUUAUUGUACAUUUCUAAUUCAGUGCAUUACAGCUUUAUCAAACUUC